AUGGGCAGUUUGGUAGGACAUGUGACACCUGGAUUUGGUUUCUUUCUGAUUGGACUCUGGCAUUUAGUUAACCAUAUCAGGCUUCACUUUCUCCGUCCAAAAUCCUACACAUCUUUGCCAUGGUUUCCCACUUCAAAAAGCAGGUACUUCGAACUUCUCUUGAUCAUGGGAGGCUGCAUUGCCUCAAUAUCCAUGGAACUCUUCAUUAGUCCAGCCAGGCACCAACCACUGGACCCUGAUGGCACCAUCCCAUCAAACCAUCUUCACAACUUUGAGCACUCGAACAUAUCCUUGACUAUCUUCAUUUAUGCACUUUUCUCCAUCAUCCUAGACAAAAUCCAGCCCCCAGCUCAACAUGGCCUGACCCAAAUGCUCGGAGCCAUUGCCUUCGGCCAGGAAUAUCUCCUCUUCCAUCUCCAUUCUACUGAUCACACGGGUGUGGAAGGCCAAUACCACUGGCUUCUACAAAUUGUCAUACUUGUCUCAUUUUUCACUACCCUAUUAUGCAUAGGUUACCCCCAGAAUUUCUUGAAUAAUUUUAUAAGGUCUCUUAGCAUCUUGUUCCAAGGAGUUUGGCUGAUGGUCAUGGGAAUCAUGCUUUGGACACCAGAGUACAUUCCCAAAGGCUGUUUUAUGAACUUGGAAGAUGGUCAUUAUGUUGUUAGAUGCCAUGAUCUUGAAGCCCUUGCCAGAGCUAAAUCAUUGGUGAACAUUCAAUUUAGCUGGUAUUUAGUUGGAGUUACAGUUUUUUGUAUGUGUCUUUACUUGGGACUCUACAAAGUGUUCCCUGGAAAAGCCGAGUAUCAAUCUUUAACAAAAUUGGAGGAGGAUGAUGAUGAUUUUAGGUUCAGAAAAUAAACAAAGACGCUUUUCUAGUUAAGCCUACAAUGAUUCUAGCUCAGUAAAAACCAAAGGUGUCAGGGGCAAAAAUUUGAAAUUUGUGUUGGGAUAUUGUUUGCUUGUUUUGAUGGCAUUUGGAUUCCA